GCACUGCUUCGCAGUGUGGACACGGCCUUACUAUGCGAACGCAACCACUGUGAACGCGGCCUAAUGCAAGCGGCGCGUCAACCGGUAUGAACUGUCAAUUGACGCGGGAAGAUGACAUGGCUUGCCAUCAGCAGUUAUUUCCGUUUGCACAAUCUUUUUUUCUUUGCAACAUCGAACGCGAUCAGACGUAAGUUAGGAGGCAGGAGUUCAUUUUGCUUUAAUCUAAAGCUUGUAAAAUUUAAUAGUAAAGUUGUUUGCUCUUUUCAGUGUUAAAUUGACUUAAACUAACUUACAGCUAGGACUUAAAACUAAAAUCACAGAUCAUUAUCACAGUGAGUAGAACUAAAGCUGUACGCAUUGGAGCUCAUGCUUAACCUAGAAUUUUGAUCACAGAUAGUUUAAAGUGGAGGAAUAGUCUUCCCCGGAUUAAAAUUGAUUCGCACACCGAAAUUUCUUUAAGCUGUUUCCGCAUCAAUUUGCGACAGCUAACAAGAUUUCGGAUUUCACCUUUUGUUCUCUGAACAAAAUCUUAAAGAAAUUUCGUGGCCGGGAAAGGUAUCGAAUUGUGCCCAGCUGAAUUUCACCAUGCCAAAUACGGAUCCCAACCUCAAAACGCCCGAGCAGGGAAAAUCAUCGGAUUGUGUUUGCUGCGCCCAUCCGGAAUCGGCCGAUGAUUGCGUUCAAUGCGACCGAUGCGAUGGUUGGUGGCACAUGUCAUGUGCUCAAGUCACAUCGUCUGUUGCAGACCGGCCGUGGACAUGUAGGCAUUGUUUGCCGGUGAGUGUGUGCACUCCCACUUCCAGCGCAAAGGCGGCACGGAUGAAGAUGCAGCGACUGAAAGAGCAGCAGGAAUUAGAGCAACGUCAUCUAGCAGAGAAACACCAGCUGGAGGAGGAGUUGGAAGAAACGGCUAGUAAUAGGAGCCGGAUCAGUCACAGGACGAGCCAGGAUAGAGUAAAGCAGUGGCAACAGCAGUGCAUGGAACAGGGUGCAAGCGCGCAUGGUCAGCAGAUGGAUCAACCGACAGGCGGGGCAGCAGCUUCCCCGGCCAUGCAAUUAUGCGAUCGAGAACCAACGUUGGGACAGGUGGUUAACCCAUCGGAACCAGGUCUGGUUACUCGAGAUCAGCAGCAGUAUACCGGCGCGAUGCCGAAAACACCUAAGAACCCACAAUUGGAAUUCUCCGUGCUCCCCGCAGUCCAGCCCCCAGUUCCCCCCGCAGCACCAACGUGUGGAAAUUCGUUCGACCCUCACCAAUCGGGUCUCAUCGUUCGGGAUCAGCAGCAGUAUACCGGCGCGAUCCCAAAGGCACAUCGGAGUCAACGGGGUGAAUUUCCCGUGCCCCCCGUAGUAUCAACACUGGGCAAUUUGUUCGACCCUCAACAAUCGGGUCUCACCGUUUGUGAUCAGCAGCAGUAUACCGGCGCGAUCACUCAGAGACAGCAGGUAGCAGGUUCGAGAGGUAAAGUCCAGCCCCCCGUAGCGCCAACGUGUGGAAAUUCGUUCAACCCUCACCAAUCGGGUCUCAUCGUUCGGGAUCAGCAGCUGUAUACCGGCGCGAUCCCAAAGGCACAUCGGAGUCAACAGGGUGAAUUCCUCGUGCCCCCCGUAGUAACAACCCUGGGCAAUUUGUUCGACCCUCAACAACCGGGUCUCACCGUUUGUGAUCAGCAGCAGUAUACCGGCGCGAUCACUCAGAGACAGCAGGUAGCAGGUUCGAGAGGUAAAGUCCAGCCCCCCGUUCCCCCCGUAGCACAUCAAGGUAAGCCACUGAAUUAUCCACCUACUAGUGUACCAUUACCAUCCAACUAUGGAUGCUCCCUCCAACACAUAAUGAAACAGUUCGGAACGUUGGCAGCCUCGGCCACGGUUCCAUCGAACAACAUGAAUACAGUUUUUCCCUCGACGGGAUCGAAUGUUGGCCUUGCGCCACAGGCAAAUCCAAGUAUACAUUCCGGAUUAGUAUCCGCAACUGCGGGACCGCCAAUCGUAGGCCAUACGCCACUGGCAAAUGGGACAGUUUUUCCCAAUAUGGAACUGUCAAAUGUUGGCCCUAUGCCACACGUAAAUCCGUCACUAUCUACAGGCAUAGUUCCCCCUCCGCCGGGACUGCCUGUCGUUGAACAAUACACCCCCUCCCCCUCGCAGCUAGCCGCGCGUCAAGUGAUGUCCCGCGAUCUACCUUCGUUCUCUGGCAAUCCUGUUGAUUGGCCAAUCUUCAUCAGUAGCUUUAUGAAUAGUUCGCUGGCGUGCGGUUACAAUAGUGCCGAGAAUCUUUCGCGUCUUCAACGUUGCCUGAAAGGGCACGCGUACGAAUCUGUCAAAAGCAGGUUGCUGCUUCCGGAAUCAGUGCCUCAAGUGAUCGAUACUCUUCGGUUGUUAUACGGGCGACCCGGGUUAUUAAUCGGUGCAUUGUUACAAAAAGUGCGCAGUGUCCAGGCACCGAAGGCGGAGAAAUUGGAAACUAUAAUCGACUUCGGCAUGGCUGUGCGCAGCCUCUGCGACCACCUGGAAGCAGCGGGACAGCAGGAACAUCUCUCGAAUCCUACGUUGCUGAUGGAGCUGGUGGAGAAGCUACCUGUACACACCAAGAUGCAGUGGGCGGACUACAUACAACAGCACCCGGUAGUAAACCUCAAGGCGUUUGGAGAUUUUAUGCUCAAAGUCGUCACAGCCGUUUGCAGUGUGUCAAACUACACCGGCGAAAGUAACAGUAGUCAGCAGAAGCCGAGACACAAAGGAGCGGUGAACACGCAUAGCAACGAAGCAGAAUCCGUUCGUGAGGUAGUGAGCGAAAAGGAUCGAGCGUGUAUAUGCUGCAAGAAAUCAGGUCACCGUCUAGCAGAAUGCACCGCAUUUAAGGCGUAUACUGUGGACAGCCGAUGGAACUUCGUACGAGAUAAAGGUCUUUGCCGGAGUUGUCUCAACGCACAUGGGAAGAGAAGCUGCAGAAACGCGACGCUGUGCGUGAUCGAUGGAUGUACCUACCGUCAUCAUGCACUGCUACAUUCAAAUCGAUCCAAUGCAAACCAGCGACCAACCCAAGAAUUGUCGAUUGUUCAGAACCAUACACAUCGGCAAGGCAAGCAGACUUUUCUUUUCCGCAUAAUUCCUGUCGUUCUCCGUGGGCCACGAGCGACCAUUGAAACUUUCGCAUUUCUGGAUGAUGGUUCGGACUUGUCGCUCAUCGAGAACAGCCUGGUGGAGCAAUUGGGUAUCGACGGUCGGAAGACACCGUUGUGUAUGAAGUGGACCGGAAACGUCACCAGAGUUGAAUCGGAAUCGAAGCAAGUGAGAGUUUUCAUCAGGGGAGCCAAUAGCAACAAGCAGUUCACGAUCAACGACGUUCGUACUGUAAAUGAGCUUACUUUACCGGAACAGAAUCUAGAUUACGACAAGCUGGCGCGACACUACCGCCAUCUGCAAGGUCUGCCGAUCGCUAGCUACACGAAAGCGAUUCCCCGUCUGCUGAUCGGCGUUAACAAUGCGAACCUCACGGUACCGCUGCAGGCAAGAGAAGGAAAGAGAACCGAGCCUAUUGCCGUGAAAACACGGUUAGGAUGGUGCAUAUUCGGCGGUGGUGAAAGUAGGGAUACGCAUUCGUUGAAUUAUCACGCUUGUGAAUGUGCCGGUACCGGCGACCAGGAGCUGCACAAUGCAGUGAAAGACUAUUUUUCUAUGGAGGAUGCCGGAGUUCAACCGCCAGUCGUGCUGGAAUCUGUAGAAGACACGCGAGCUAGGGAGAUUAUGGAGCGGACGACUAUCCGAGUAGGAGAACAAUUCCAAACUGGCCUACUGUGGAGGUACGACGAAAUAGAAUUCCCGGACAGCUACAACAUGGCGGUGAAGCGUUUCGAAUGUCUGGAGCGUAGGAUGCUGCGAGAUCCCGAGCUGGCAGCCAAUCUGAAGAAGCAAAUAGCGGAGUAUCAGCUGAAAGGCUAUGCGCACCGUGCAACUCAGAAGGAGCUCGCACUAGCCGAUCCUAAACGAGUGUGGUAUUUGCCGUUAGGAGUAGUUACGAACCCCCGGAAACCGGGCAAAGUCCGCCUUAUAUGGGACGCGGCAGCGAAAGUAGAUGGAAUAUCCCUAAACUCCAUGCUACUAAAAGGCCCGGAUCAGUUAUCUUCGCUUCCCGGAGUUCUGCUGCGUUUUCGUCAGUACAAGGUGGGAGUUUCGGCAGACAUCCGUGAAAUGUUCCACCAGUUGUUAAUCUGUGAACCGGAUCGUCAUUCUCAGCGCUUCUUGUUCCGGAGCGAUCCAUCAAGGCCUGUCGAAACGUACAUUAUGGACGUGGCGACCUUUGGAUCCACGUGUUCGCCAGCAUCAGCCCAGUAUGCGAAGAACAAAAACGCCGAAGAAUUCGUCGCUCGCUCUCCCCGAGCUGUCGAGGGAAUCCAGAGAAACCACUACGUGGACGACUAUCUGGAUAGCUUCGAGAGUGUGGAUGAGGCCGAAAGAGUUUCCCGCGCAGUCGGAGCAAUCCAUCAGAAAGGAGGAUUCCACCUUAGAAAUUGGUUGUCGAACAGUGCCGAAGUUCUACGCGGACUGAACGAGGAAGCUACCAACGCCAGCAAGAAUCUCUGCUUGAGUACAACGGACGGCGAUCGAGUGCUCGGCAUGCUGUGGCAGACGACCGACGAUGAGCUGCGGUUCUCGAUGAAUUUGAAGGAGGAAAUUCAACGUGUAUUAAAUGAAGACGAGCGGCCAACUAAACGACAGAUAUUGAAGUGCUUGAUGGGAAUAUUUGAUCCACUGGGGCUUCUUAGUGUGUACCUCGUGCACGGCAAGAUCCUACUUCAGGACGUGUGGCGAGCCGGACUGCAGUGGGACGAAAGGGUGCCGGAAGAAAUAUUCGAACGUUGGGCUAGGUGGACCGCUCUGUUCCCGAAGAUAAGAGAUCUGCGUAUUCCGCGGUGCUACUUCGAGGAAGCGACCGAACAGACGUACAAACGAUUGCAACUGCACGUAUUCGUCGAUGCGAGCGAAGUUGCCUUUUCUGCUGUAGCAUACUUCAGAGUGAUUGACAUAGAAGGCAAAGCCGAAUGCUCGUUAGUUGCGGCAAGAACAAAGGUCGCUCCACUGAAACCCCUCUCGAUUCCCCGUUUGGAGCUUCAAGCAGCGGUAUUGGGCAGCCGCUUGAUGUCGUUCGUGCAGGAGAACCACAGUGUUAAAGUCAAACAGCGGUUUCUGUGGAGUGAUUCCGCAACAGUGCUGGCCUGGUUACGAGCCGAUCAUCGUCGGUACAAGCAGUACGUUGCCUGCCGAGUAGGAGAGCUUCUUUCUACAACGGAUGUAGCUGAAUGGCGGUGGGUUCCCAGCAAAUCGAAUCCAGCGGACGCUGCCACGAAGUGGGGAAAGAACUCAUGCCCGAAAGAAUGCGACGAAUGGUUUAAGGGACCUAAGUUUUUGCGGCUGUCCGAAGACAAUUGGCCGGAGCAAGUGAAAACAUCAACGGCUCCUGAAGAAGAACUACGGCCCUGCUUGGUGAUCCAAGGAGCGACUAUUCCGGAGUGUGUGGUGGAUUUCGCCCGGUUCUCAAGGUGGAGACGACUUCUUGGAGCAGUAGCAUAUGUACACCGUUUCAUAGACAACUGUCAGCGGAGGCGAAGAAAUGAGAAGCCGGAACUACUGCAUCUGAGUCAGGACGAGCUGAGAAAAGCGAAGAGCACGAUAAUACGGAUGGUACAGUGGCAGGAGUUUCCCGCAGAAAUGGCCUCGCUUACGAGAGGACAAACGGAGUUGCCUAAGACAAGCCGUUUGUAUCAAACAACGCCGACAAUGGAUGAACACGGAGUGCUGCGCGUUGAUGGACGAAUUGGAGCCGCACCACAUGCCGCAUUCGAUGCCAGGUUCCCGGCGAUUCUCCCAAGAAAACACCAUGUAACGAAGCUUGUGGUCCACGACUUUCAUCGAGCCUGCCGGCAUGGGAACUCGGAGACGGUAGUGAAUGAAGUUCGGCAGUACUACAACAUUUCACGGUUAAGGACGGUGGUGAAGCAAGUUGCGGCUGCAUGCCAGUGGUGUAAAGUCGCGAAAGCGAACCCGAAGGUUCCUCGAAUGGCACCGCUGCCUGUGGCUCGAUUGUCAUCGUUCUGUCGGCCGUUUACCUACACCGGCAUAGACUUCUUUAGGCCGUUCUUGGUGAAAGUGGGAAGGAGCGCUGCCAAACGUUGGAUCUGCCUAUCCACGUGUCUCACCACACGUGCCGUCCAUGUUGAGGUUGCCCAUAGCCUGUCUACACCGUCGUGCGUCAAGUGUAUUCGCCGUUUCGUUUGUCGGCGAGGAGCGCCAGCGGAAAUCUAUACCGACAAUGGUACCAACUUCCAAGGUGCCAAACGUUUGCUGCAGGAAGAAAUCGAAAACGAAUUGGCAGCGACGUUCACAAAUGAAGAUACAAAGUGGAAUUUCAUCCCGCCAGGAGCACCUCACAUGGGUGGCGCGUGGGAAAGGAUGGUGCGGUCAGUUAAGUCGGCAAUGGAAGCUGCUUACAAGAACGAUCGAAAGCUGGACGAUGAAGGACUGGAAACGUUAGUCGUCGAAGCCGAGGGUAUCGUCAACAGUCGACCACUUACCUACUUACCUUUAGACGCUGCCGAAGGUGAGGCUCUAACACCAAACCACUUCCUAUUAGGAAGCUCUAAGGGAGUGCGUCAGCCGGCUGUUAACAUUAGUGACCCUGCCUAUGCGGUGAAGAGUUCCUGGAACCUUAUACAGCAUCAACUGGACAUAUUUUGGAAGCGUUGGGUUCAGGAAUACCUCCCGAUGCUCACUAAGCGGAUGAAGUGGUUCGGAGAAGUGACUCCCGUAGCUGUUGGAGAUCUGGUCCUCGUAGUUGAUGACACUCGCCGAAAUGGCUGGCUACGUGGAAGAGUGAAGGAAGUUGCGACUGCCGAAGACGGACGCGUUCGGCAAGCUGUGGUUCAGACUGCGAGGGGGUUACUGCGUAGACCGGUGUCAAAAUUGGCCGUGUUGGAGGUUGAGCCAGAUGGUAAAACUGGGACCGGUGACCAGUGUUACGGGGGAGAGGAUGUUACCGCCAGCACUGCUUCGCAGUGUGGACACGGCCUUACUAUGCGAACGCAACCACUGUGAACGCGGCCUAAUGCAAGCGGCGCGUCAACCGGUAUGAACUGUCAAUUGACGCGGGAAGAUGACAUGGCUUGCCAUCAGCAGUUAUUUCCGUUUGCACAAUCUUUUUUUCUUUGCAACAUCGAACGCGAUCAGACGUAAGUUAGGAGGCAGGAGUUCAUUUUGCUUUAAUCUAAAGCUUGUAAAAUUUAAUAGUAAAGUUGUUUGCUCUUUUCAGUGUUAAAUUGACUUAAACUAACUUACAGCUAGGACUUAAAACUAAAAUCACAGAUCAUUAUCACAGUGAGUAGAACUAAAGCUGUACGCAUUGGAGCUCAUGCUUAACCUAGAAUUUUGAUCACAGAUAGUUUAAAGUGGAGGAAUAGUCUUCCCCGGAUUAAAAUUGAUUCGCACACCGAAAUUUGUGAGUUACUUAUAUUGUUUACAUGCGUUAUCUAACUCUGAAUAAAAUUACAGCUUUAAGCUGUUUCCGCAUCAAUUUGCGACAGCUAACAAGAUUUCGGAUUUC